UAAGCGUUCGUGUGCCAUUGUUCUGUGGUGCAUGUAUCGCGCUGUAGUGACAGCUACGUCAAAUUACAUGACUUGCUCAUUCGCAAAGAGCCGAAGCAGAUCGUUUAAUUUAUCAGUCGUUUCUAUUCUACGGUAGACAUUUGGAAAGCACAUUUACUAUAUUUCAAUAUGGGCGUAAUUUUCUUGGAACACAUUGGAGGUACUCGUUUAUUCUCUUGCGCUUCCUGUGACACCAAUCUUACAAACAGAGGUCAGCUGAUAAGUACGCGUUUUACGGGAGCUACUGGCCGUGCUUUUCUCUUUAACAAAGUCGUCAACUUAAAUUACAGCGAGGUACAGGAUAGAGUGAUGUUGACUGGCCGUCACAUGGUUCGAGAUGUCAGCUGCAAAAACUGUGAUGCUAAACUUGGGUGGGUGUAUGAGUUUGCAACAGACGAUAAUCAACGGUACAAGGAAGGCAGAGUCAUCCUGGAACGUGCUUUAGUCACAGAAAGCGAUGGAAUGAGCGACAAUAUUUAAUACCUUACAACAA